AUGAGUGAGCAAGUCAUCACACCACGAGAACACAUCCAACGCGAUCAUCGUGCAGCAACUCCAAGAAGAAAGAUUGCGUUUCUUCGCGAACCUGACAAAGCAAAUGCAGUCCAUGGCAAAAUAUCGAAAGGUACAGAAUUCGAAGCAAUUAUCAAUAAUUUUCGUCAACCUCCUGAAAAGCCCGCUAUGGAAACAAUCGAGAAGAGAAAUUCUGUAUUUAUGAUUAAACCAUUCAAAUUUGAUCAAUCGAAUCCUGAUCGUGAACCAACGCCGAUCUUUAGUGAAAGUGUUUAUCUUGACCGAUGGGAUGAAAAUCAUGUUCGUAUGCCAUGUUCACGAUCCUUUAAAUUUGUUUAUUCACAUGAUGAACGUGCUUAUUUUAUGUCAACUGUUUUAUCUAAUAUUUGUGAUCUUGCACUUAAUGUUGAUAAAAUUUGUAGUCGACCACCACCAUUGUUACGUAUUGGAACAAAUCUUUUAGUUACUAUGUCUCAACGACAAGCUGCUUCAUUAUUAGCAUGCGCCUUUUUCUGUUUAUUUCCAUUUCGUCAUGAUGAUAAACCCAACGAAGCCUAUGCAAAUUUUCAAGAUCCGAAUUUUAAAAAUUCUUAUCCGGAUUGGUUACAUUCAAAUGCCAAUAUCUCUCACUUACACUUGACAACUGGUAAAAAGAUAGAAGAUGUUAAUUGUGUUUUACAAGUUGAUUUUGCUAAUCAAUAUAUUGGAGGUGGCGUUUUAGGUACUGGUUGUGUACAAGAAGAGAUUCGUUUUACUAUCUGUCCUGAAAUGCUUGUUAGUUUACUUGUUUGCGAAAAAAUGGAGUCGAACGAAUGUAUUUUUCUUAUCGGAUGCGAACGAUAUUCAUCAUAUGAUGGUUAUGCUGAUUCAUUUCAUUUUGCAGGAAACUAUAAAGAUACUACACCUAAAGAUAAUUGGGGUCAAAAAUGGUGCCAUGUAGUAGCUAUGGAUGCUAUUUAUUUUCGUAAUCCAACUGUGCAGUAUCAGAUGAAAUGCGUGCGCCGUGAGUUAAUUAAAGCUUACGCGAGCUUUCGUCCUCGGCCAGCAAAGAAUGCAUCAGAAAGUUUGUUUGGUAUUGCUACUGGAAAUUGGGGUUGUGGUGCAUUCAACGGUAGUAAACAAUUGAAAGCAAUUAUUCAACUAAUGGCUGCUUCGGAAGCUGGACGUCCACUAGUUUAUGCAGCUUAUCUAGAUGGAAAUUUAGUUAACUCAUUCUUUGACGUUUAUCAAUAUUUAUUAAGUGAAGAAGCAAAAAGUACAAUUUGUACUUAUAUUCGCGCAGCCCUCAAAUGGCAACGACUUGUGAAUACUGACUUUUCUAAACCCUUCCGUCUUACACCACAGCUCAACUCCAAAAAUGAUAUUAUUUGGUCCACCAGUCGACAAGUUGCUGAUAAACAUGGUGGUUAUUAUGGUCGUAAAAAAUUUGCUCCUGGUGUUAUGCUUUGGGGUGGCAUAAGUUGGAAUGGUUUAAUUCCACGAGAGGCACCAGUGCUUAUCGAUGAGUUUUUGGAAGGAUAUCAAUGGUCAAAACGUGCCAAGAAAACAAUGAAUGGUACCCGAUAUGCUGAUCUCAUUAGAACUAUUGCUUAUCCAGCUAUUAUGCAACAAUAUUGA